GUCGAGAGUCCCGGGCUGAUUUGUAGUCCCAGUCCGCCCCUGCUUCAACCUACGGCAUAACACCUGUUCAGCGUACUGGCGACCACAUAUCUCUGAGCCACGUUGAGCGGGGGGGGAGUAGCCGUCUGCGUACGACGUGUCCUCGAACAGCACCGAGUAGUCGUCUUGAGGCUGCAAACAAACACACAGAGAGAAACAAACAUGAGUCACGUCGACGUGAACAACCUGAAGCCCUCCACCUUUGAGGAAGAGAACUACGACGAAUAUGAAUAUUACAAUUUAAGCGAUAAAUACACAGAAAGCUCAGCCCGUAAAGGCAGGACAAAGAAGGAGGCCAGUGACAACACCAACAGACACAGCCCUUCAGGACACGAGCGCAAAAUCGUGGUGAAGCUCCAAAACACGGAGAAGAAAGCCAAGGAGUGAAUACUGAAGACACUCGGACGGCUCUUCCCGGACCCCGACCAUGACGGCCCUGCGGCCACAGAGCGAGACGAUGAGACGGCAGGAAGUGACCUGAAGGUUCACCUGAACGUGAAGAAGAAGAGCCUGCAGAUGUUCCAGAUGUUCAGACUGCAGCUGCUCUCCCUGCUGGGUGUUGUAGCGGCUGCCCCCGAGGUGGAGGGGCAGCCGCUCCAUGUGCAGACCACGAUGGUGCACAUGUGAUGGUGGGAUUUUUUUAACAGUUUUUUACUAUUAAAACUUUUCCUAAAUGA